AUGGCCGGCUUCCUGGAUCUCCCUCUCGAGCUUGUUACAAUGAUCGUUGAGCAGCUUUGCAAGGACAGCAACUUCGGCAACCGGUGCACCCAUGCCCUCGCUUCUGUUUGCCUGACAUGCAGACUUCUCAACAACUUUGGCACAAAACACCUAUACCACGAUCUCGAGUGUAUCCAGACUUUUUGGUCACUGCUCAUCCGGACACUCAUCAAACGCCCUGAUCUUGCACAACAUGUUCGCUCCGCCAGGGUACAAGUCCAGUUACCUGUGGACUGCCCGCCCGACGUCAAAACCUACUUUCAAGAGCGAAUUGAAAACGCCCAUCCAGACCGGGAAACAGAGUAUAUGUUUAAAAAGAGGCCAUAUCAGUUCGCAGCUGCCAUGCUCGCAAGUCUUUGCCCCAAUCUGUAA